AUGACUGCGUUGCCAUUCCUCUAUCCUGUAGAUGUGGGUGUCGUUACCUCUGGAGGACUUCAUGCAUUACUGCACAAAUACACUUUGGAGGGGAAUCUUUCAAAGCUAAAGAAACUGCUGCAGACAGGUGUGGAUGUCGACUGUGUGAAUCACCUGGGUCAGACUCCGCUCUUCUGCGCUGCUCUUCUGGGCCAUGUAAAGGUGACAGAGCUGCUUCUUCAUUAUGGAGCUGACCCAAACCAUUGCUGUGAGGACUGGAGCACCCCAGUUCAUGCAGGAGUAUUUUCCUGUAAUGCUUCGGUGGUGAGUGACCUGUUGGAUGCUGGAGGAGACCUGAGGCUCCAUGAUAUGGAAGGCAGGACUCCUUUUGAUUGGCUCAGGGCUGUAAAGCAGAGUGACAGUGCACAGAUGGUAGCCUUCCUGGAAAACUGUAUGUCCUCUAUGCAACAGCUGUGCCAGAACCCAACUACGAAGAAGCUCUAUGGUAGACACAUGUCAACCUCUAUACUUUUACAACGUGCAUCUUUACUAGAUCGCAUAAAGACAAGUGCUAUUGACAUGCAGUUCAAUAAGAAGAAACACAUCACAUCCCCCUACACCACAGCCCUGUGUCUGGGCUUUGGAAAGGUGUGUGUAACUGAGCCAUGUCAGGCUUUUGCAUGGCCAGCAUCUAUUCCACUGAUCAAAGAAAGUGAUCUGACCCAGGCUGAUGAUGAACCUGUGCUGACUUUCACCUGUGGUUCUUUGACCUCCAUGACCAAUUGCAGCUGGAGACACUCCAGGGUCACAGUGAAGAAAAUGAUGGACAGUCGUGCAAUUUACUUGGAUCUGCUCAUCAAAGAACAAGAAUAUUGCAGCCAACUGUUACACCCACAACUGCUGCAGCUGAUGGGAGUGAGUCUCUCCGAUGAUCUCCAGAAGACGAGUCUGGUGUUUGAGCGAGUCACUGUCGGUACACUCCACAACCUGCUGCACAACAGGCGCACCGAGUUCCCGGUGCUGCAGGAAAAAUGGCUUCUGUCAGUGAUGUUGCAGGUUUGUGAAGGUCUGCAGUAUCUCCAUGGGCAAGGUCUGGUGAUGAGAGCCUUGUCUUCACACGGUGUGGUUCUCACAGAGCUCACAGUAGCCAAACUUACUGAUUUAGGCUUCAUGGUCCCCAGCAAAGGCAGUUCAUGUGUCAAACCCCCCAAGCACAUAGCCCUGCCCCCCAGCUUGUACAGGUGGGCUGCUCCAGAGGUUUUUAAACAGAAACCCUGCACAGUGGAGGCUGACAUCUACAGUCUAUGUGCUCUGAUCCAGGAAGUGUACACAGACAAUGAACCGUGGGGAGCUGUGAGCCUGGAUAUGAUUAAAAAAGCAAUGGACGCAGGCCAGGUCCUGGCAGUAAACAGCAGCAUUCCACAGCCUUACUAUGAUGUGGUGCUGACUGGCCUGCAGCAGCACCCACAGGACCGCACAUACAGCCUGCACUGCCUGUGCCAAAUACUGCAACAGGAUAUCAAGUGUUUGUCCCCGGAGGAUCAGCUGGGCGGUGGUGAGCUGAGUGAUUAUCCAGAACAAGAUCUGGGAUCUGGUAUUCAGACCACAACACAGCACAGGAUUGUGGGAAAGCCAGUAAAGCACGUUGUUUUUAGCACUGUAAAGCCAGUCAAAAUGAAGGCAGUGGUGGACAGACAGUCUCACCAAGACAGACAACUUCAUAAACAGUGGUACAGUGGAGCAACGUCUGAGCUGUGGACGGAAAGAGUAGAGUUUUCAGAGGAAGAAUCUGUGCACCACCAAGUGGACACUCACACAGAGUCAGAGUCAGAAACAGAUAGUUCUGAGGAACAACCUGAUGUAGAGGAAAAUAUAGACAGAGAGAUAUUGGAGCAGCUGGAAAUCCUCAAGCUGCCCAAACCUACAGCGGAUCAACAGAUCAACACUUUUGUGGUCGACCUCAAAGUGUCUCAGGAGCUGCUGCGACAGGCCAACCAGAGCCUGGACACAGUGGAGGAUCACCUGGACUUUAGAGAUGCUCCUUCCAGUAUCCACACAGUCUCCUCUAGUGCACCCUCUAUGUUCCCCCUCUCCACAAAUCACCCUGGAGAAGGUACUGCUGCUGCUGGACGUCAUUCAAACCAGUACAGUCUCUUAACACAAAGAGGAAAUGACUGGUCAAAGAAUCUGGAGGCUCAGCUCCAGGACAGAAACUGGGAACUGAUGAGCGAGGUGGAGCUGGACUUAUGGCUGAGACACUAUCCAGCUGAACAGCAGCAUUUUGAGCAGGACCGGCUGCUGCAGCUUUCUUCUGACUGUGACAUGGCAGAGUUUUAUUCAGUUAAAACUCAUCACAGCGAAAUGGAGCUGAGCCAAAUGCAGCAGUCAACCAGUUCACAGGAAAGUGCAGAUGUCACAGGAGAUGCGUGCAGGCCAGCAGCAGCAAGUGGAAAUCCACCGAUGGAUUCUCACAGAACCAAUUAUGAGAGCUUUUCAAAUACCUGUAAGGAUCCAGGUGUCAGUGGCACACAGACACAGUAUAAACCCAACGCUUACAUGGCUUCGUCAGACGUGGCUCUGCUGGCUGAACUCUCCAGUAUCACAUGCUCCCCGGCUGUCCCUCAGGAGAAACUCUACAGUAUCUAUAGCAACAGACAAGGCCCACCCUGUAACAGUACCCCACGUAACUCAGACUUACACAGGCGUGUGAUGACAGAUAUUAUGAAGGCCAAACUCCCAGACUUCCCUGCCUGCAGCCACCGCAGUACUGAACAUCUGUGGACUGAGAGCUCCUCCAUUCCAAAAGCAAGCUCUUCAAAGGGUUCCUACACUCCUCUGCCUCAAUCUUUGGAGGCAGACACUGCCAGUAGUCUUCAGGGCUUCAUCACAGCCAUCCAGGGGGAAGAGCUGUUCAGAGAUUCUGAAUCUCCCAGCUCCAGUUUCCACAGAUGCUACAGCAAUUCUGUGGAGGGAGAGCACAAAGAAGAAGAGAACAGAGAGAGUGCAGGAGUAUCUGAGCAGGGGCAAAGUGAAGAGGAGACGGAGAGAAGCACUGACAGUCAAAAUGUGAUGGAUGAAGAAGAAGAAAAGAAGGCAGUUGAUGAGUCACAGGAAAUAGCAGGAGGACAUAAUGAACAGUGCACAGAAGGAGAGGAAGAGACUGAUGAGAGAGGGAACCGUGGUGAAAAAUGCAGUGAAGAAGAGAAGCCUGACAAGUGUGACACACAGAAGGACCCUGAGGAGAAAAAGCUGAGGUUCUCUUCCGAGUUGUGGCAUAGUCUCAGUUUAUCGGAGGACACCAACAGAGCUCACUCAACACUUGAUGAUGUGCUGCAGCAGUUUGAGGAGGAGGAGGAGGAGGAGGAGGGCACCACAUAG